UUUCUGAACACCCCUGGUCAGUACAAGAUGGAUCCAGUAGUCCUGAGUUACAUGGACAGUGCAUUGCGGCAGUUAGAUGUCUCAAUACUGGAUCCUCCAAGCUGGCUCAAUGACCAUGAUAUUGGGUUUGCCUUUGAGUACUUGGCCAACAGUCAGUUUCAUGACUGCACUGACCAUGUCUGCUUCAUCAGCCCCGAAGUUACUCAGUUCAUCAAGUGCUCUGCAAACUCAGCAGAGAUCGCCAUGUUCCUUGAGCCAUUGGACCUCCCAAACAAGAGGGUUAUAUUUUUAGCCAUCAAUGUUAAUUCCACACAGGCAUCUGGGAAAUCCACUGAAGCUUGUUGGUUUAUCUGCAAGAUAAAAGUGGCUUUUUUUCAUUAUGGGUCUCAUGGUAGUAGUAACUCAUUCAGUGUAAAGCAGGUAGCAGAGAAACUAGAAGCUUUCUUAGGCAGAAAAGGAAACAAACUGGCCUUUGUGGCAGAGAAAGCCCCUGCUCAACAAAAUAGCUAUGACUGUGGGAUGUACGUGUUAUGUAACACUGAGGCCUUGUGUCAGAACUUCUUUAGACAACAGCCAGAAUCACUGCUGCAGCUACUCACUCCUAUGGAAAUAGCUCAUUGCCAGACUUGCUAA